ACUAAUUCCUUCACGGUGCGGUGGGCAGCACACAACUGUGUCAGCAACAGCACCAGCAGCACACAAUUAAACGCGGGAGCAUAUAUAACUAAGCCCUCUAACGCCAACUGAAGUGAAAACAUUUCAAGCAUAUGGUUGACGGCUAGCUGUGUGCCAAACUGUUAAUUUAGUGGUCAGAACAAUUGAUUGGCCUUUGGAGUGGAGUUGACAAUGAGAUUGGAGGCCUUUGAAUGAAAGGGGUAUGUGUGGAGCUGCCUUGGUACGUAUGUUUACCGAGUUGUGUACGAGUAGAUGCCAUAAUGCAGACUGCUGUGUUUGGAAGGAUAAUUGCCGUUUGGAUUGGCGAUUUUUAUCAUGGGCUCAAUUUGACGUUUGAGGCUCUAUGAGAGGACUCUGUAAAUGCGCCGUGCUGUCAGCGAUCGUAAUCUGUGUACAUAACUUGGCCUGUGAAUUGCGUAGCGUGGGACUUGCCUUCAGAAAUCGGUCCAGUUGAUUCCAGCGUGCACGCCAGCAGAGAGGGAUUUCUCCUUUCUCUCUCUCUCUCGCUCUCUCCCCUUUGCUGAGAUAUUUGCUGAUGAUUUGUGUACGACAUAGUUGACAUGUUGACUCGGUCUGCUAGUUGUUCAAAGGUUGACUCCGUUUCAGUCAUUUGGUUACAAUGUGAAUCUUAUGGCCAGCAGACAGGCCCAAUGGAUUUCUUCUGUCGGAAAGCAUCUGCUGAAUUCAGGUCCUCAGCCACGAGUCUGAAGUACACUCUGAAGGGUCACUGAGAAGUCACUGGGAUUACUUGCCUUUUUUCUCUCCCGGUGACGGGUGGUUCUCUGGGAUCACCAUGUCAGCCAGCGAUGCAACCGAGGAGGCCGAAAUGCAACCUCUGAACCCGUCUGGUGCCAGCGGGGCAUCGGGCGCCACCGACAGUGGCACGGAGGAGAAAGGGGGCAGCACCCCCAGCCCGGAGACGGCUGAGAUGCCCCUGGUGGUGCGCUCCACCCGGCAGCGCGUGGGCUUCCUGAUGGAGGAGGAAGAGGAGGACGAGCACAGUGAGCUGCGCAAGAAGGUCAAGCGGGAGUUUGCCAAGAUGAACGGCCGCAGCAGCCACGAGCGGCUGCAGCAGCAGCGCAUGAGCCUGCUGGGCAAGCCGCUGGCCUACAGACAGUCCAAACGGGACGCCAAGUUCCGCAAAGUGCAAACUAAGAUCUACAACUUCUUGGAAAGACCGGCAGGAUGGGUUGCCAUCAUCUAUCACGUUUUUGUAUUUCUAUUGCUUUUCCUGUGCCUUAUCAUCAGUAUUCUUGCAACCGUGGAUACGAGUACUAAAACUGCAAAUGGUGAAAUCAUUCGAUCGUCUAUAUACAUCACAUGCAAUCAUCUUGUCUUUACAAUGGAACUCAUAAUUGUAUUAACUCUUACUGUUGAGUGCAUCUUAAGAAUAUGGUCGGCGGGCUGCAGGAGUCGAUACCAAGGGCAUUAUGGGAGACUUCGUUUUAUAAGACGACCCCUGUGUAUUUUAGACAUUGUGGUUGUGUUUGCCUCAGUAUUGAUUAUCGCCGUGGGCACAAAGAAUGCAAAGUUCCUGGAGCCGGCCUUCCGUGGCUUACGCUUCCUCCAAAUCCUGCGCAUGGUGCGGCUGGACAGGCGAGGGAGCACCUGGAAACUGCUUGGCUCUGUGGUAUGGGCACACAGACAGGAGCUGCUUACCACAUGGUAUAUUGGUUUCUUAGCUCUUAUAUCCAUAUCAUUCCUUGUAUACACAUUGGAACACGAGGCUAAUCCCAGGGACUACGCAACGCUACCAGACGCCCUGUGGUAUGGCUUGGUUACUUUAACGACAGUAGGUUACGGUGACAAGACACCAGAGAGUUGGGCAGGGAAGCUGUCAGCUGCCAUCUUAGCUGUGCUCGGGGUGUCUUUUUUCGCACUUCCAGCGGGUAUCCUGGGUUCAGGCUUUGCCUUGCAAGUCCAGCAGCAGCAGAGGCAGAAGCAUUUUGCCAGGAGGCGGCAUCCAGCAGCCAUGCUUAUACAGUGCCUGUGGAGAUGUUAUGCAGCCGAUCCUAAUUCAUGUUCCAUGGCCACGUGGAAGCCACACUUAAAACCUGUCCAGAGUCCCACCAAUAACAAUGUCCAACCCAGAAGCAACAGGCACAGUAGUUUCCGUACGAACAAUCUGAUCUCACGGCUGUCCAUCAAGAGGAGCACCAACAGCCCCAUGCUGCAUCGGAACAGUGAUCGGGUCAAGAAGGGCGCCAACGGGAUCUACGACGACGAGGACAAGAAGAUGGAGCUCAGCACGGGGACAUACGGGGAACAAGACUCGAUUCGAUCCCGGGGUUCACACCGAUACCACACUCAGCAUGCACAAGAAGAGCCAGUUGGGCUAACCAAGCUGACAGAGGCUCACAAGAAUGCCAUCAGGGCCGUCCGGAAAAUCAAGUACUUUGUGGCGCGGCGGAAGUUCAAAGAGGCGUUUAGGCCCUACGACGUCAAGGAUGUCAUUGAGCAGUAUUCCUCGGGACAUGCUGACAUGCUGGCCAGAAUCAAAAGCCUCCAAGCAAGGAUUGACAAUAUUUUAGGUAAACCAGGGCAACAGGAUAGGAGAGUGAAAGGCCGUGGUGGCGGUGACCUGGAACUCUUUGAUCCCAAUAUCAGCCUGCUAUCACGAGUUGUCAAAGUGGAACGACGGGUCACGUUGAUCGACCGGAAGUUAGAUAUGCUGAUUGAACUCUAUCGAGAGGAGCGGCAUGGCAAGACGCAAGAGAGCCGAAGUGAGGAGAAGGAUGACUCGCACGAGUCUGAACUUGACACCGCACCAAAGGGUUUCCGAAGGCGGGUGUGGAGCUCUGGCACUCCACGCCCACGGGAGGGGACAGGCCAGCGGCAUGAAUCGACAGACACAUCGUCGGCGACUUCCCCGGCGGACAUUACUGGCACGGUGGUGGCACACAAACUGAAGGCGUCCGACCCAAGUCUGAUGGAGGACGACACCCUGGAAAAAAUGGACGUAACUAUCAGCACGUGUCCCCCGACUGAUGCGCAGGCGCAAUCUGGGGAUGCAUCCGGUGGGAAAACAAGACUCGGCCACCAGACUCGAGAUGCAGUCGAUGAAGCAGGGAGCAAGGAUGAAGUUACCGCCACCACUCCCACAGAGCCGAAGAAACUGAGUCGGAGGUGGAAGCGACCGGGGGCAGUCAGAAUACGGCCAGCACGCUCGGCAGAGUCGGUCAGCUGUCCACAAUCCGGGGAUUCGGUUUCCUACAGCAGUGGUCGCCAGUCCAGCAUGGGAAGCUUAGCUCCCGGCGAAGGCGAGACAAGGAUUUAAGAAUUGACGAUACCUGACUGACAAGUAACAAAGGAUUCAACUCGCAUUGUGAGCGGCAAAACUUAGUCUACUUUUUUCCAGCUUUUUCCAUUUCCUAUAUAUUGACGCCACGUUGCACAAAACGGCAUGUACAUGUACGUAGCAUAACGCGACAGACGUCUCUGAUAAAGUCAGCACAGCCAGCCAACGCCACGACUUGACAGUAUAUUCCAGCAGAUGUCUUCAGUAUUAGCACAGUAGCAAGCCCGCAUCGAGGGAGGAAAUGUGGGGGAGGGGGCUGGGAAGCCUUGGGCUGUACAAGGAUGUGUGAAGUGGCCAGGGUUUGCUGUAGAAUAAAACUGCCAUGAACGUGUGACAGAUACAAGGUAUAUUUAAGUAUAUUUUUGUAUUCCUGAUUGUAUACUGACCUGAUCAGCUGAAGAGAAGGGUAAAGGGCCAGAGUAUAAAAAAGUUGUGUAUUAGGAAGCUGGUACAGAAAAAAACAACUCUUGACCUCAGUUUACAUUAGGAGGACAAGAGGCUUUGAUGUAGGGGGGGUUGGCAGAAGACUUAGAAGUGAUAGGCAUUAGAUUACCAUGUUAACCAAUUCAAAAAUUGAACGGUAUCAGAGAUUUGGGGCGUAAGGUUUAGCCUGUACCGAUCCAAAGCUGAUACCUCCAUCAUGACAUUGACAUUUUUACUAUUUUUGCCUAAGUCCAGUGCUGUGAACAAGUGACGUAUGAUUCAGAAUACUAAAAUGCCACGACAUUAAAGUGCACUAACGUUUUCUGUGCUUUCGCUGCUGGAAAAUUAAAACCUGCCAUGGUCUUUCCUGUUUAAUCUCAGUGACUUUUGUAAAACAAAAGAACUGAACCAAAAAAAAGUAAGUACAGUAGUUUCAGAGUGUUUUCAAGAGGUAUUUGUAUCUUUGAAGUUAGAAGAAAAAAGGUUGUCUGGCAAAAGUAGGAAGUGUACUAGCAGACCCGAGGAAUAAAUGGGGCAUAUUCACAUUACAUGUAGUAGUAGCCGGUUCAGGCACUACAAGAUAAGGUAUCUAUGAGGCAGUCUGCCAUUUAAGGGGCAGAGCCUAGAACCAAUUUUUUUUGGGGGGGGACGGCAGCCAAAUUUGAACAUUUCUUCACAUGCCCAUAAUGCAGUCUUUAUGAUGUUUUGGAGAUGUGAGUUUGAUUUUUGUUGGGGCGUUAGAAGUUUGUGGAAGAAACGAAAUAGUACCCAAAUGCUAUCCUCUCUGAGCACUUAAACUGUCGAAACAACAUUUGUCUCGGGAGGGGGGGGGCUUGGACCAUUUGCUGUCCCCUCCAGUCCACCUGUGGCACCAGUUGCCUUAAUGGGGGCUCGUUAGCUUAAUGUCAUCGUUCUGGGUAUAUGAACUCGAAGUUUGUCACUGUCCCUUUUUGACUAGUACCGCACAUGUAGCAGGCCCUUACAAACAAAAAUAUUACACUCGAUGCUCUAAGACCGUGUUCAACCUGAAGCACUCGGAGGAGUCCUACCUCUUGAGUGAAGAGAAUGCUCUCUUGCCGUGUCCACAAACGAGUGUUGACUUUAUCUAAAGAUGCUGUUUAGGUGUUCAGGAUUCGCCUCACUGGUGGCAGCUUUUCGGCAUUGUGAAUCCCUUGUGGUGAGCACUAAAAUGAAACUCAUAUCAUGAACACCAAUUCCUUAGCUUGUGAGAUCCUGUCAGUUGGAAGGGCUGCAACAUGUAUGUGUUUUACGUGUCAUCAAUAGUGCAUAACUGAACAACACAGAGAUUCAACCUUGAAGCCUCAGACAAGAUCAGGUUUUAAAACUAACUGGAAACUGAAACGUGUUUCAAAAUGUUAUCUCUGCAGUUUUUGCCAAUGUGAAUAUGGCCACUUAAGUGUGUGAAUUACAGGCAUUCCCGCAAUACACUGACAUUUUUGUGUUGUCCAAUCAGGGUGCAAUACAGGCCCUGUGUUCAUCUGAAAGUGAAUCUGGGUUUUCUAUUACCCUGUGCAAUGGACAACCAUAAAAGCCAGUAGUGGUGGACCUGCCUCCUCGAUAUUGCUAGAUUUUGUAGAAAUACUUUUAGUACAACUCACCAAUAAGAACUCUGCUUUUGAAGCAAAACUCAAUGGCUGAUUAAGAAUGCACAGAGUAUAUGAUAACACUGUGUUUACAAGCUAAUAUCCGUACGGAUGACGUUAUAAGGUAACCUGUGUAUUUUACUUUGACGUAAUAAAUUUCUUCAAGUGGGAAUAGUAUACAGGAAAAGGUGUCAAGGUAUUUCUCAUCAUAUUUUUACUUUGAUGUGUGGUGUAUUAACAAAAAUAAGAUCUACAUAUAGUAUUACUUUCUUGUAGAGAGAAUUGGCAAUGGUUGAAAAGAUGACCAAGAUUUGUGUUGUUGCUUGUGACCAACUAUUAUCAUUUUCGUAGUGCACUCUUCAGAAUUUCAGAAAUUUUACUCUCAUUAGCUCUGACAUUCUCUGACUGGCACAGGAGGACAUUUUUGCCAAAGUACCCCUUCAGUCUUGGACAUAAUGAACACCCUGUGCACGGGAGACUGUGCACAUUCAGACGAAAAUUGGUGUGCCAUUUGUGUGUAGACCAGUGUGUGUAGAGUGCAUUUGCACAACACAAGCGGAAUGGCUGCUCCUACACACCUGGUGGUUCAGACACACCUGGGUUCUCAUGAGUGGUCACAAAGGGCCAUUUAUUAGUUUAACACAAAGUCCAUGGUGCAACAGCCCCAGGAUGGGUCUAAUGUGGGUGACGCAUGCAAGGAAGGUGGGCAUUCCCGCCAAUAAGUAUAAUAAAGAGGUGAUUUGUAAGUCUAUAGAUAGCUCAAUAAAGUUCCUCAUACAAGGUGUUGGUGAGUGACCAACCGAGAAUAAUGAAAGUCAUUGGCCAGCUGCUGCUGAAUGGAACUAGUUCUGCCAGCUUUCUCAUGGUAAAUCACGCCAUUUUUUUACUUCACUAUCUCAUGCAUAUUCCACAAUUUAUCAAAUAUUCAAAUAUUCAAAUUUGUAUGUGCUUGAAAAGAGAACUGACACUUUACAAAGGUUUCAGAGAACUGCAUCGUACCACCUGUGACACAACUUCCUCUUUGUCUGUUGUUGGUUCAUGACUAUUCUAGCCAUUUAUUUCUGCGCGCAGCAAAGGAAUUUGACCAGGGGUGAAUAUGUGGUAGAUUUUAAGUAUGUAUGAGGUACUAUAGCAGCUUUCCCAGUUUCUAUCAUAGAUCGUGCAUAAUCGUUUUCUACCCAUUUUUCCAUGUUCAUUCAUACUCUCAAGUUGAAUUAGCUCACUUCAGUAAUGAAUAUUGAUAUCAAGACUCAAUUUAUAUAAGCUUGGGUUUGUUAAGUACCACAUUUGCUUAACAAUUUCCUAUUUUCAAGAAAUAUUCUAAAAUCUGCUGAAGUAGUAUUGCGUGUGAUGGAAAAUCUAAUAUUCAUUUUCAGAAAUGGUAUCAUUUGGGGGUUUCUUUUGUCCUCUUUUCAUUUGGCUUGGAACGUGAUAUGUGAUUUGUUGGAAUACCAGUGUUUGGCCCGUGCUGCCUUGCUUUGAGCUUUUCUUAAUCUUUUUACGUUAGUCUUGCAAGUCCAAUUUCAGUCAAGUUACGGGUUAUUUGUGUUUGGGGUUACUUUUACUUUUUUCAACCAACAAACAGAACUCCGAGCAGUUUCUGCAGCAUUCAUAAAAUGCUAAAGUACUGCAUUUCGUUGCAGUCAUGGUUUAAUGAACAAGAUGCCUAACUCAUCAUUCAAACUCUGAUUUCCGUGAGCUACAACAUUCAGAUUGAACACUUGGUAAAGAAGACAAUUGAUCUAAUCAGUAUAUGAUUACAAAGGAUCGUUAAAAACAACAAAACCUCAUCAGCAUUCAAUCAUUCGAGAUCCCGAUCGCAAAAAAAAUCCCGAGAAACUUAUUUUCAUUGCGUGUGACAUAAAUGUUCUUUACCCCCACCUUAAAUCAUCCCCACAGCUGAGCACUUUUAUACCAUUUUGCGUGACAAUGUUAAAAGAAAUUUGUUACGUCCUACUAGCUUAUACAAACAGUACUCUGAUGUUGGAAUGUUACAAGGAUUUAUGUAUACACCACACUAUCAUUACCAGUGUAGUGGUUUACUGUUUCUUGAUUGUCAAAACUCAGCGCUGCCUCAGAAUUUCAUGUGCACACAUUUUGUCAGUUUUCGCUGAAGGUAGUUUUGUGAGGUGUCUUUUGUUACUGACAGUGACAUGUGGACUGUUUUGUUGAACCAGACGCUAAACAAUUACAUGACCUGUUUCUGACGGAGUUUUAAAUGCACGUGCAACUGAAAAAUAAUGUGUAACUAUGGAUUCCGAUUAUUUCUUUACUGUUUUCCAUGUUAAGAUUGUUUAUCGUGGUAUUGGAAAUAUUUUUCUUCCUAUGCUAAUUCGGGUAUAUUUAAUUUGUCAAAAAGAAAUUAUGUUUCUUCAAAGCAUAUCACAAAUAGCCCAGACUUCAUGCACAAUGCUUGUUCAUGCUGCAUUUGCAUCUUGGGCAGUUGUUUUUCAAAGUUGUGUAUGUUUUCAGUUACACAGUUUAAUUGCACGGUUUUACAAAUGGCAUUCAUGUUUUAAAAACCUGUACAGGAGUCUUCAUAAUGUACAUUUAAAUCUUUAUUUUUGGAUUCAUGUUUUAAUAUAAUUCCGUUUUGAGUAGUGGAGUUAAUUACAUUACUUUUUUUUUUCUUACAAGCUCAUCAAUACAUUUUCUUUGCGCUUCAAAUUAAUGUCAGGGGCCAAGCUUUUAUUGCUGCUGAGCAUGCAAACCUACAUCAAACACCUUCCAAAGGAAAGAUCGCUAGCAAAAAACUACUUGCCAUCUAAAUGUAGACAGUUUUAAGCUGAAUUAGCAGAUGCAUCGCAAUCCUGAUUCCCGCACGUGGAGGAAAUCCCAUCAUAGAUGCAUGCCAAAUGGAGGAACAGACAAGGCCUUUAAACUAGUCUCAUUGACUUUUCAUGCAGCUGCCAAAGCAAGUACUUCAUUUGCCAACCCCUUAACCUGCAUGCCGUCAGUGGACACAUAGCAAAGUGAAUAGUACACGGACAAGUACACGGAAGGACAGGGAAUGAGACUGACAGUUAAACUACCACAGGAGGACACCACUGACAAACUUCUGACGAAGACUUGACGGAAGACUAAGGAGACAGCACUAGUGAGAAGGACUUCAUCACGGUUGAUAAUCCUUCCAAACUAGAUGGAAAGAUAAUCGACUUCAGAAAAAUCUUGACGGUUGUGAUAUUUUGCAGAGUAUGUGUGAAUCAUGCUCAAUGCUCAUGCGUUGCUCAAAGAAGGAGCACUUUGCCCAACCAUUGACUUUCAAGACUUUUUUUGAUGGCAGAUUUUAAGCCAACGCUCCGACGGACGAGUCAAAUUGACAAACGAACAAGCUGCAAUAACGAUGUAUUGUUCAACAUUGCAUUAUCCAAAUAAUAACAAUAGACCCAUUUUGUUUUAUGUGUUUAUUGGUUUUGUUUUCAUUUUUUUAUGUCAUCCUUUUUGUUGUACCGUUUUCCGAUACAAAGAAUUCUUCAAAUCCAAUAGAAGCAACUCUUGCUACAUAAACUGCUGGUAUUUUGAUAAUAGGAUUGGUCUUCAUUUUCUUGGGUACUUGUUAUUGAAGAGUGCAGCAGAUUUAGUAUUGACGUCUCUGUAUAUUUGUAUACAUGAAGCCACGUGUAUAAAAUUUGAAUAUUCGCUCAAUGAAUUGAAUAAAUUCCGAGAAAAAUCAAA